AUGGCUGCCACCGCCGCCGUCUCUGCGCAAGAAGCGCAGCAGAUGCCCUUUAUCAAAAACCUCGCCUCAAGCGACCGCAAACUCCGCACCGAAUCCCUCUCCUCCCUCCAGUCCUUCCUCUCCUCCCGCCGCUCCCUCACCCCCCUCGACGCCCGCAAGCUCUGGACAGGCCUCUACUACGCCCUCUGGAUGACCGACCGGCCUCGUCCCCAACAAGCCCUCGCUCAGGACCUCGCGAACCUCGUCUUCGACCUGCAGCCCGCUUGCGUGGAGCCAUGGCUUGCGGCGUUUUGGUCCGUUCUUGGCGUGCAGUGGCCGCAUAUUGAGGCGCUGCGAUUGGAUAAGUUUCUCUUGCUCGUUAGGAGAAUGUUUGCUGCGCAUGUGAAGGUUGUGAAGGAGGAUGAGUUUAAAGGGGAAUUGACGGAGGUGGUGGCUGGUGUGUUUAAGCAGUGGUGUUUUGAUGUUGAGGAUGAGAAUAAGGUUGCGUUGGGGUUGAGGUUGCAUGUUCUUGACGUUUGGGUGGAUGAGUUGGAGCGUGAGGGGGUUCUUGCUGUUGAGGAUGAGAAUGCGGGGGAGUUUGUGAAGAUGGUUGGAGGGUUGGUGGAGAGUUUGAAGAGGUGUCCUGUUAAAUCUGUGAGACAGCGUGCGCUGGAUAGCUACGAUGAUGAGAGAUUGCCGUGGGUGGAGAAGAAGGAGGAGAAGGAGGAAGAUGAUGAUGAAGAGAUGGAGGGUGAGGAGGAUGGUGAAUGGGGUGGUAUUGACAAUUAA